CUGGGCAGAAGAAUGAACCGGGAGGACUCUGGAGUCCGUGAGUCUCCAGCAGUCAAGAGAAAGGUUCUGGAGAUGGACAGCAAGUCCCUCAGUAAUCAUGAUGUGUUCGAUUACUCCUCUGGCCCGUCCCACUCUGAGAGCAUUCUGCAGAUGUUUAACGAGUUUCGUGAUGGCAGACUGUUCACAGACGUGGUGAUCAGCGUGGAGGGUCGUGAGUUCCCAUGUCACCGCGCCUGUGUUGUCAGCUUGCAGCAGCUACUUCCGUGCAAUGUUCUGCAAUGACCACCGUGAGAGCCGUGAGAUGUUGGUGGAGAUCAACGGCAUCCGUGCCGAAGCCAUGGACACCUUCCUACAGUACGUCUACACCGGACGUGCCCGCAUCACCACAGACAAUGUACAAUUCCUCUUCGAGACCUCCAGCCUCUUCCAGAUCAGCACUCUCCGUGAUGCCUGUGCCAAGUUCUUGGAGGACCAACUUGACCCCUGCAACUGCCUGGGAAUCCAGCGUUUUGCCGACGCGCACUCCCUCAAGCAACUGGCCAGCCGCUGCCGAUCUUACGCGCUGCAGAGCUUUGCCGACGUGGCCCAGCAUGAAGAAUUCUUGGACUUGCGUAAGGAAGAACUGGAGGAGUACAUUGCUAGUGACGAGCUAGUUAUUGGAAAGGAGGAGACUGUGUUUGAAGCAGUGAUGCGUUGGGUGUACUACGAUGUGGACCACCGCAGGAUCAUGCUCAAAGACCUUCUCAAUCAUGUCCGCCUGCCCCUGCUGCAUCCGAAUUAUUUCGUACAGACGGUAGAAGGUGACCAGUUGAUCCAAAAUGCCCCAGAGUGCUAUCAACUUCUGCACGAAGCCAGGCGCUAUCAUGUGUUGGGCAACGAAAUGAUGUCGCCAAGAACCCGUCCACGCAGGUCUACUGGAUUCUCUGAGGUCAUUGUCGUAGUCGGAGGGUGUGAGAGAAUGGGAGGUUUCAACCUGCCGUACACUGAGUGCUAUGAUCCUGUAACUGGGGAAUGGAAAUCCUUAGCCAAACUCCCAGAAUUCACCAAGUCAGAGUAUGCCGUGUGUGCCCUCAGGAACGACAUUCUGGUCUCAGGGGGUAGAAUCAACAGCAGGGAUGUCUGGAUGUACAACUCCCAGCUCAACAUCUGGAUCAGGGUUGCCUCUUUGAACAAGGGCCGCUGGAGACACAAAAUGGCCGUCUUGUUAGGAAAGGUGUAUGCCGUUGGUGGAUACGACGGUCAGUCUCGACUCAGCAGCGUCGAAUGCUACGACUCUUUUUCAAACCGCUGGACGGAAGUGGCACCUAUGAAGGAGGCUGUCAGCUCACCAGCCGUCGCCAGCUGUGUCAAUAAGCUGUUUGUGAUUGGAGGAGGACCUGAUGACAACACAUGCUCAGAUAAGGUUCAGUGCUAUGACCCUGAGUCUGACUCCUGGUUGCUAAGGGCCAACAUUCCCAUCGCUAAGCGCUGCAUCACAGCCGUAUCACUGAACAAUCUCAUCUACGUUUCUGGAGGCCUGACCAAAUCAAUCUACUGCUAUGACCCCAUUGAAGAUUACUGGAUGCUCGUGGUCCAUACUUUCAGCAAGCAGGAAAGUUGCGGUAUGUCGGUAUGCAACGGGAAGAUCUACAUCCUGGGUGGGCGCGGUGAAAACGGAGAGGCUUCAGACACCAUCCUGUGCUAUGACCCGUCCACCGGCAUCAUAACGGGCGUGGCCGCCAUGCCCCGCCCCAUUUCUUACCACGGCUGCGUCACCAUUCACCGCUACAAUGAGAAGUUCUACCAUUCAUGACACUGAAAAGCACACUCACACAGGGACGUAGAUAAACUGAGCCUUAUUUUAAGAUAACGUAGCAUUACGACAAGUAAGUAAGGUAGAUAAGUAUGUCCCAACCUCCCUCAGUUUACAUGCUUUGAGAGCAGACGGUUAAACUGACAACUACACAAUAACUCAUUUUAGUGUACAGUAUAAACAUUCAUGGAUAUCAAAAACUGUUUUACAUUCUACCACCAUAAACAAUCAGUUUGACAGCAUCACACAGAUUAUGUAUGGAUUUGCAUACUGUUACACAAAUGUUUCUAAAUUGAUUUACAGCCUCCCAGUGAUCUGGGACUUUCCCUCGGUUAAACGCCUCCAUUAGUGAUUUAUUAUUCCCUCUUCAUUAUUAUUAUUGCAUUUUCUAUUCUAUUUUAAUGUAUGGUGUCAGUGGUUGUUUUGGGUCACCAUAAUUUUGCCAAGUAAGACAUGUUCCUGGAUCAACAUAUUUUGUUGAUCCUGGAACAAUAUUCCUGUCUGAAAAGUUAGUCCUACCCCUAAACCUAACCCUACCCAUAACUUAUCCCUAAAAUCAGAGGGAAAUUAUAGGUAAAACACUGAUGUAGAAGCACCUACCCCUGGUUGUAAGCCUAAACUUGACAUAAACUGUAAAUUUGUACCUCAAAUUUGAUUGGUUGAUUGGAAUGUUGUCAAAGAUGUUGAUCCAGGAUCAUGUUGAACUUGCUGAAAUCACAGUGACUUGUUUUGAGUGGGUGAAUGGGGUGAUUAUUUGUGACUGGUGGAUAGAGUGCUUGAUUGUGAUGGAUUUGUGUUUAUAUAAGUGUGUUUGAAAAGAUUCAGCCAGAUGUGUGUGAGACAGAAAAUAUGCAGGAACCACUUCCUCCCAUGUCUAAUGGGUAUAUUGUAAGCAAAAAUCCAUCAGGCACCAAAAAGUAUAGUGUUUCUUUUAAUAUUGCUUUAUGCAUGCAUGUACGUUUUUGGGUGAUAUUAAUUGUUUUCUAAAUUUUGUAGUAGAAAUUGUGCCUGUCAUGACAUUUUAUUGGAAAAAAAACAUGGCUGUUUGAGAAAUAGUGUGUCUGAACUUUUAUAGUAAUGCCAUCCAUACAGUAUGAAGCAUUACAAUGUGAGUCGAUUAGCUUCUGUAUUUCUAUGCUGUAUCAUUUAGCCUAUGGGAAAACAUGCUUCCUUGCAUAUAAUGUAGAAUACAAGCAGUAAUGUCUUGGUUAUAAGUGACUUUUUAAGUUAUUUAUUCUUGGUAGAAGUCCAAAAACCCCAACCAGGCACUUAAGUCUUCAAUAUUUUUCAGUGUCCCGGAUGUAAAUAUGAUAUUUCUUCAGGUUUACUGUAUCAGUAAGUGUUUGCAAUGGCCAAAAGGCCAGUUCACACUCUCAGCUCCCAUAAAACUCUUCCUUUUUUGUUCUUACAAUAAUCUGAGCUCAGUAUUUGUGCAUACAGUGCAGUGACGUAGCAGCAAAAGAUUGUGUUUGUGUGCCAGGGAUUCUAAGACUAUAGUGAUGUCAGCUUUGUUGCCUGCUUUUGGUUAGCAGGAUUGUUCAGUUUUGUCAGCUGCAAGACAAGAACAACACACAUUGUUCAUUUUACUCUGGGAAUUUGACAAUGCAACUGAAAGAUGGAGUCAAAACCCUGAGCACACAUGCAACAACACAACAUGGUCUUUCUCUAACCUUUUUUUUUUUUUUUUUUUUUUUUUUUGGUGUGUAGUUUUACGACUUUGUGUAAAUAAAUGUAGUUGAUGUGAGUGGUGUCUUUUGGUGAGUGCUAUAUAGGCUUAUUUUUUUCUUCUGAUAACUUUCAGUUGCUAAAAGCCAUAGACAGAAUGAGUGUUUUUUAAAGUUAUUUUACAAACGUUUCUUUUUGAAUGAGUCCUUAUACACUUUAGGGUAUUGAAUUAUCUGUGCAUGCCAAAAACUUAUAUGUCAAAAAAAACAAAAAAAAAAAACAUUGUUAUAGCAAGAAUGUGGUUUAAGCUCUAAUUACAGUGAUGGUUUUGCAAAGAAAGUGCCAACUUGAGAAAAUAUAUCACUUAAAUGCAUUAAAAGAAAUGACCAUUUUGUGCCUUGUGGCGGAAUGAUAUACAUUUGACAACUAACCAAAGAUGUGUGAUUGGUUUUGUCUGUGUUAUUUCCAGAACAAUAUUGUAAAAUAGACUGCAAGCCUUUAUGAUGUCAUCAUUUUUUUUGUGUAAAACUGACACUAAAAUGUUCUUGUUUUAAGUAACUGAAAUAUAAAAGAGCUUAAUAUGCUGUAUAUGCAUAUGUUUUCCUCAAUAAAGCAAUUUUUAGUAUGGAUUUGUAAA